AUGUGGAGAUUAGUUCGUCGCUACCUCACAACUCAGCAACCUCAAGUUCAGCCAUUCUCAUUAGAAUUGACACUCCCUCGGUCAAAUUUUCUAAGUGAUAACGAAUUAUUCACAGUCGCAAAAGAGCUCGGAUCACUUUCCACCAAAAAUCUUAAAGAAAAUCUCAAUGCAAUGCAGCAUCUGCAGGAUUAUUUUUAUACCUUAUCUACAAGAAUCAAAAAGAUGCAGACAAGUGAUAUCAGCAAUAUUAUGAAAUCUAUUGUAAAAAAUGCAGAGCUAAGAGGAACUGAAUUUACCAAAGAUUUUUGGAGCAGAGCUACAUAUGAGCUGGAAACUCGUGUUGAAGAAUUCGACUUAGACUUAGCAGCAGAUGUAGCCCACAGCUAUUGUUAUAUCAAAUAUAAUGGCCCAGAAGUAAAUAUACUAAUUGACCAAGAAUAGCCCACUAAGGAGCCAUUCUUGGUCUGCCAGAAAAAAUUUUGACAAAAGAUCCUAAUCUGCCAUUACCACUGAGUUUUGGUGUUUCCAAUUUUUUUGGGCAAGCCAAAUGCAAUAAAAAAAAUUGUUCUUUUGCGAUGAUGCAUUUGGCUUGUCAAAAAAAUUUGGCAACAUCAAAACUCAGUGGUAAUGGCAGAAAAGAUCCUAAUCUGCCAUUACCACUGAGUUUUGGUGUUUCCAAAUUUUUUUGACAAGCCAAAUGCAUCAUCGCAAAAGAACAAUUUUUUUUAUUGCAUUUGGCUUGCCCAAAAAUUUGGAAACACCAAAACUCAGUGGUAAUGGCAGAUUAGGAUCUUUUGUCAAAAUUUUUUCUGGCAGACCAAGAAUGGCUCCAUAGUGGGCUAUUCUUUGGUCAAUUAGUAUAAAUUUCUUAAUGCAUUAGCUGAAGGAAUUGGCGAAUUCGAAAUUAGUGACUAUCUCAAUAUCCCGCUCCAUAAAAUUGAAGAUAUUUUAUGGUCAUAUUCUUUCAAAAACGUUGGAACUAUGCAUUUAUACAAGUACUUAGCUAAUGCUAUAUUAAUACACCCUGAUUUUGAAAAUGCCAGUCUGCAAAAUGUUUCAAAAAUAGCUUAUUAUUUCAGCAGAGCACAGCUGGGAAGGAAAUAUGGCGGCCCUGAAUAUUUCAAAAAAACUGAAGAGAUUAUAUGAAAUGGGAUUCAUCAAGGCAAAGUAACAAAAAUUGAAGAAAUUGAUGAUAUUAUCCAUUAUUUGAUACCUGCAAAUAUAGGGAGUAAUGAUCUUAGGGCUUUAUUGGAAUACACAUUAUUUAGGUUGCUUACUGACCCUAAACAGAGCAUUACUGUUGUACAGCUGCUAAAGAUUACUACCGCUUUUACACAUUAUAUCAUAAAAUAUGAACCCUUAAAUUUGCUAUUGCAGCAGCUUGCUAAAGAUUCAUUAGAAAUUCUAAAUGCUAAACAAAUCGUUCAGAUUCUGUGGGCUUAUACAAGACACAAUAAAGCAUCUAAAGAUUUUAUUUACACUUUAGUUAAUAGACUAAAAACCCUGCUAAAAACAGAAAAAGAUCUGCAAUUUAGGAACUUUACUUAUUUGAUAAACUCUCUAGUAAAUUCUGGAAUAAAAGACCCUGAGAUUUGGAAGCAUUUUGAUAGCAUUUCUGUCAAUUAUUUAAAGGAGUCCAAAAGUGAUGACCAUUAUUUGAUUAAAUUUUUAAGCCUUUAUGGAGGAAUUGGCUGGGAAAAUAAUGAAGUUUAUGAAAGAGGUAUAAAAGAGCUGCUAGACAAUAAUAGGCUGCCAGCAGAACACCCGAAAGAUAUAACAAGAGCUGUUAUCGCUACUUAUGAAACUCCAGCUAUGCAGACCCCAGAAUUUUUAAAACAUUUAAAUACCAAAAUUUUUCAUGCUGCAAAUUAUAUGAAACAAGAUGAAAUUUCAAAUACUGUUUAUUCUUUAGCUUUACUUAAUAAAGGAUCCCUUGAUGUUUAUUCGAGCUUGGAAAAUUCAAUCUUAAAUGCAGGACUUAAUAAAAUAAGGCCUCAGAGCUUAGGGAAUGCUUGCUUAGGUUUUGGAUUGGUAGGGAUGUCAGCUUUCUGUAAAAGUGCCAUGGCAAAUGUUAUUGACUGUUUCCAUAAACACCAAGGAAGAGUUUAUGAAGACUAUGAAUCAGAAGACGAAGAGCAGCAGUCAACUAAUAAACUCAUUCUGGUUAAUGAUAAAGAGCUUGCUUUUAAUAUAUUCUUGACUGCUACUUCAAUUGUGCAAAUGGCAUGAAUGGCGGCUGCUAUUGGAAAUCGUGAGCAGCUGUUCUGGACUGAUAAGCUUCAUGAGAGUUUGAUCAAAAUUCCUAUGGCGAAUUACAGAUAUACAAUAAACGAAUGAAUUUGGACUGCAAAAACUAUGCAAGACGAAGAAGAUUUCUUAGUAGCUUUAGAUCCAUUCCAUUAUGGCUUAUUGCAACAAGUUUUGGCCUUAAUUCCACCUAAAGGUGUUCAAUAUGAAAACUACAUAAAGGAGCUUGAAGAAAAAGUCAAUUCUUAUCCUCCAGAAUUAAUUGAAAAAAUGGAAAAACCGAAGAAAAUUACCCCAGAAUUUUUAGAAAGUGUAAUAGAGACUUCAAAGUCAUUAGGAUUUGACGUAAAUCCUAACCCAACUCAUAUAUUAGGCAUGAAACCGGACUUAAAUAUCAAUGGAAAAGAUAUCUUGCUGUAUGAUAAAGAUGAUUAUAUUUAUUUAUCGAAAGGAUUUUAUCAGCUUUCUGGAACAAAGGACUUAUUAACACAUCUGAAAUUGAAAAAACAAAUUAUCAAAGCAUCUGGACGAAAGACUUUUGAUAUUUUUGUAGGUGAUUGGAAUGAUUUAACUACACAAGAAGAGAAGAAACAAUAUUUAUCUGCCUUAUCUAAUUCUAGUUAA